CCGUCGCAACGGUAACACGUCCAGGAAAACCUGUGCCGGUGCCCAUGCACCCGCCCUGACGUUGUGGAGUGAACGAGUUAGAACAUCGCUGUGAUUUGUUUUCAGUGCUAUAACCAUAAGUGAUUGUGAACGUGACAAAUAAAAAAAAAUUGUGUGUUAAGUGCACUAUGCGGUUGCAUACGUUAUGAAUGGUCUGGACCGCUGCUUCUUCGAUCAACGUGAGUCACAGCAACAUGGAGAUGACUGCGGUUACAGUUAUAUAAGCCUGGGCCGCCUCCACCCGUACGGCUCGGGCAGCGGUUCGAGCAGCGGCAGCGGGCGGCGUCGCACGCGCCGCGGCCUCUCCGACUCGCCGACCGCACCCACCACUCCCACGUCGGCGUCCGACAACGCCUCGGACGCAACAUUAACCGACUCAGAGCUGCCGUUAGCCAGAGAUUCUACGUUACUCGUGCAAAACGGCAUGCUGAGAUCUACAUUUGACAGGCCAGAUCACGAACGUUGUUUGCUAGAAGGUUCCCGGCCUCCACCAGAUGUUCCGCCGCGCAAUCCUACCAUGUCCCGUUUGAACGGCCGCAUCACCGGCAACCCAGCUGAUUUGGCCGACUUUGAGCCUUCGUGUCUUGUUCGCACACCGUCUGGAAACUUUUACGUGCCUUCAGGGGACAUUCAAAAGAAUCCGUCUAUGGACUACAAAUCGAAUUCAUCGUGUAGUAGUCCUGGAAAACAAGAAAAAAGUACAUUAGAAAGGAUGGAUAGGAGUGACAGGCAUCCUGCCUUCGGUGCUCCAGUGCCCGUCCUUCCUGUUAGAAAUAAUCUUAGAGCGACACACUUUCCCCCAGCAGCUUCACGUUUCCAUUUUAGAAAAGGCCUCUCUUCAAGAUGUUCUUGGAAGUGUACUGCUAUAGUGUUUAUAGUUUUAUUUGUCCUUCUAUUAUCUAUUGCUUCUUAUAUGUCAGCUUCCUAUUUCACUGACAACUGGUCAUAUCAAAAUGCUAAACCAUGUUCAGUCUUAGUCGGUGAUACAACGGAUAAGUUCCCAACAUCAAAAGCAACGACGCUUGAAUCUAGUAACAAAUCUAUAACGCGACAGCAUCAGAGCUCAACGUCGUCUGCUUCAGGUAAAGGAGAAAAUCACUCACGUCCUCGUAGAAGUAUAGAUUGGCAUGCUUCCUUAUCUUCUGUUUCUUCCACGGAUUCUUCUAAUGUAGAUAUGCAUGAGUUAAAUACUUCUAUUUCUUUGACCACUAUUAGCUUAAUGCAUGGUGUGUCAUCAGAAGACAAUGUCACACAACAAGCGGAUGCUACAACUGUAGCUUAUAAUGCUUCUGUGUUUAGCAGUGUUGGUGAAUCGGGUAAUAAUGGUAUUCUAACAAAAAAUAAUAACAAUACGCUUAAUGUAACGAUAAAUAAGCAAAUUAACGAAAUUGAUGUCACGACUAAACCACAAGACAGUGUGAAUAUACUAUCUAAUAAUGAAUUAAAAAAUAAAAGUAUUGAAUUAACUGUCGAUCAUCCUGCAGAGAUUUUGGAUGAAAAAAAUAACAUAGCUUAUGAUCCGGCAAACAUGCAAGGCGAUUCUCUAUCGUCAAUUUAUUCAUAUGGCUUACAAAAACUUCAAUACCUAAAAUUACUAACUAGACUUAAUGAAGUAAGCGAAGAGUUGCAUAUAUAUUCUAAUGAAUCUGCUGAAACAGAAAAUAAUCUGGAGAAAUUUCAUUAUGAGAAUGAUAACACCACUCCUGUACCGCCAAAACAAAGUACAAGAGCAAUGCCUUCGACUAGUGCACCAUUAAACGUAACAAAAACAGUUUCUACAGAAAGUGUUUUUACUACACAUAAUGCUAAUCCCCAAAUUCAGCACGAAAGUUUGGACAAACUUAAACCAAAAGAUUCGCCGUCAACUUUGAUAACCCAAUUAACGAACUAUACUUCCACUGAAAGUGAUAUUUUUUUUACCACAAGCAAAACUAAUCCAAAAAGUGAUCAUACGCUUUUAGUAACAGAGUCUUCACCGACUGUUACUAACCCUACCGAUGAUGUGUAUGUUAAUUCUUCUCCAAACGAUUCAAAGCCUAUAACUAGUGAGUCUUCUACCUUAAACGUUGAUGCAGAAUCAAAAUCCUCCGACUCUAUAGCAAAUGCCAAACAUGUUUUGAUUAACUUAACAAUAUCUGCAGAUGAUGUGAACAACGAUUCGUAUAAGCCCCUAUAUUCGUUAACAGUAACCGUCCCAACAUUUGGUGAAAAAAAUGAGGUACCAACUGUGAAAAUCACACCCAUGAACAGUGAACCAACAAUGCCUACACAUUUCAAUAAACCGGUCACAAUUGAUAGUACUACAAAAGCAGCAAAAACAAUUAACACUGAAAAUUGGGGCGGAAGCUGUGAAUGCUCAUGCCCUGUUUGUGAAAAUACUAAUUCUUCUGAUGAUUAUGAUGAUUAUUUUGAAAAAACGAAAGAUGUAACUGUUCUCUCAACCGACUACAGUUCAACGGAAAAUCCAAGUCAAACGUCCAAUAGCUAUAAAACAGAAUUAACAACAGAAGAAGUAGCGGAUAUUACAUCAAACACUUCAGAUUUAGGAACGGAAACCAAAUAUUUUGAGACAGAUACAAUGGAUGAUCGAACAACAACAGAUUACAUAACAGCGACGUCAACUGAGUCUGAAAUUAUAACAUCAACAGAAAUUCCAAAAUGCAUUUGCCCUAAACUUAAGCCUCCACCGAUCCUUAUAUUGGAAGGUGCGCGAACUUUCCCAGCGCAGUCCUUUCCACCAGAUGGAACAACGUUUAAACAAAUAACUUUAGGUGAAAAAUUAUCAAAAGAAAUCCCUCCAUAUAGCUAUUGGAAUAUGCAGUUUUAUCAAUCCGAAGCAGCUUAUGUUAAAUUCGACUACAUGAUACCAAGGGGAGCUUCUAUAGGUGUUUACGCCAGACGGAAUGCUCUGCCAACGCAUACUCAAUAUCACUUCUUAGAAGUUCUAAGCGGAUUUAAAGCUCGAACCACCAGGGCUUCACAUCCGUCCGUUAAGAAAGAAGUAACUCACUAUAUGGAGCAAGGUCACUGGUUUCUCUCUUUGUACAACGAUGAUGGAGAUGCUCAGGAAAUAUCAUUUAUAGCAAUGGUCGCUGAUGACAUGACACACAAUUGUCCGAACGGCUGUUCUGGUAAAGGCGAAUGUCUCAUGGGGCACUGCCAGUGUCAGCCUGGUUUUGGCGGAGAUGAUUGUAGCGAAAGCGUAUGUCCAGUAUUAUGUAGUCAAAGGGGUGAAUACAUUAAUGGUGAGUGCCAGUGCAACCCUGGCUGGAAAGGCAAAGAAUGUUCCUUACGACAUGACGAAUGUGAAGUACCAGACUGCAAUGGACAUGGUCAUUGUGUGAAUGGAAAAUGUUCUUGUGUUAGAGGCUACAAAGGAAAAUUCUGUGAAGAGGUCGACUGUCCCCAUCCAACUUGUUCAGGUCACGGAUUUUGCAUCGAAGGUGCUUGUGUCUGUAAAAAAGGUUGGAAGGGAUUGGACUGUGCUACUAUGGACAAAGACGCCUUGCAAUGCCUACCGGACUGUUCUGGACAUGGUACCUUUGACGUUGAUACUCAAACUUGCACUUGUCAUGCUCGAUGGUCGGGUGAUGACUGUUCGAAAGAGGUAUGCGAUCUGGAUUGCGGGCCACAUGGAAGAUGUGUUGGUGAAUCAUGCGUUUGCGACCCAGGCUGGACGGGAGAGUAUUGUACAUCAAAGCUCUGUGAUUCCCGUUGCAGUGACCACGGACAGUGCAAGAACGGAACUUGUCUCUGUGUCUCUGGCUGGAAUGGAAGGCACUGUACACUCGAAGGAUGCCCCAGGGGCUGUGCUGGUCAUGGUCAGUGUAGGGUCGCAAAUGAUGGGCACUGGGAGUGCAAAUGCUUCGAUGGCUGGGAUGGUCCAGACUGCACCACCCUUAAGGAACAAAUUUGUGAUGAUUCCAAAGACAACGACAAAGAUGGUUUAGUCGACUGUGAAGAUCCAGAAUGCUGUCAAAGUGCCGCCUGCAAAGGUAGUCAGCUAUGUGUGUCGUCUCCCAAACCAACGGAUAUUCUACUUAGAAAACAACCGCCAGCGAUCACAGCUUCCUUCUUCGAAAGGAUGAAAUUCCUUAUCGACGAAGGUAGUCUGCAGAACUACGCUAAGCAGGAAACGUUUAAUGAGAGCCGCUCAGCUGUAAUCAGAGGUAGAGUGGUAACGUUACUCGGUUCUGGUUUGGUCGGAGUGAGAGUUUCCACUUCAACACCAUUGGAAGGGUUUACGCUAACGAGAGAAGAUGGAUGGUUUGACCUUCUUGUAAAUGGCGGCGGGGCUGUGACUCUUCACUUUGGAAGGUCACCCUUCAAGAGAUCUACUCAAGUUGUGUUCGUGCCUUGGAAUGAGGUGGUAAUAAUUGACGAGGUAAUGAUGACAACGUCGGACGAGAAAGGCGGUGUGGGCCCGCCGCAGGCGUGUCUCGCGCACGAUUACGACGCGAUGAAACCUGUCGUGCUCGCCACGUGGAAGCACGGCUUCCAAGGCGCAUGUCCCGAUAAGAGCGCUAUACUAGCUGAAUCACAGGUGGUUCAAGAAAGCUUGCAAAUUCCUGGAACCGGUUUGAACUUGGUAUAUCACAGCUCAAGAGCCGCUGGAUACCUAUCUACUAUUCAACUGCAGUUAACACCUGAAAAAGUGCCCCCAACGUUAGCCUUAAUCCAUUUAAGAAUAACCAUUGAAGGCAUUCUCUUUGAAAAGACUUUUGAAGCGGAUCCAGUUAUUAAAUUCACAUAUCCUUGGAAUAGAUUGAACGUAUACAGACAAAGGGUAUAUGGAGUAACCACAGCGUUGGUAAAAGUUGGCUAUCAGUACACAGAUUGCAAAGAUAUUAUCUGGAACGUUCAGACUACUAAACUAAGCGGUCACGAUAUGAGCAUCUCUGAUGUUGGUGGAUGGAACUUGGAUAUACAUCACCGAUACAAUUUCCAUGAAGGUAUUCUCCAAAAAGGCGAUGGUACAAAUAUCUACCUCAAGCAUAAGCCUCGUCUCAUAAUCACGACCAUGGGAGACGGUCGUCAACGUGCUUUAGAUUGUAGUAACGAAUGUUCUGGAUCUGCAGUCAAACAGAGACUUCUUGCUCCAGUGGCUUUGGUUGCAGCCCCCGAUGGAUCAAUCUUUGUUGGUGAUUUUAACCUUGUGCGGAAGAUUAAUACAGACGGAACUGGUCGAACUAUUGUUAAAUUGAAUGCCACACGCGUUUCAUACCGCUACCAUAUGGCGCUAUCACCUUUGGAUGGUACUCUUUAUAUUUCCGAUCCUGAGUCUCAUCAAAUAAUUAAAGUUCGUAAUACAGACGACUACAGCGAUCCUGAAAGAAACUGGGAAACGGUAGUUGGCUCGGGAGAAAGAUGCCUGCCAGGUGAUGAGGCACAUUGCGGUGAUGGAGCAUUAGCCAGAGAUGCAAAACUAGCAUAUCCUAAAGGCGUAGCUGUGUCAAUUGACAAUGUUCUUUAUUUUGCUGAUGGAACAAACAUACGAAUGGUUGACAGAGAUGGUAUUAUCACAACUGUUAUUGGUAAUCACAUGCACAGAGCGCACUGGAAGCCAAUACCAUGUGAAGGAACUUUAAGUGUAGAAGAAGUGCACUUACGAUGGCCUACAGAAUUAUCUAUCAAUCCGCUGGAUAACAGCUUACAUAUAAUUGACGAUCAUAUGAUUUUACAAAUGGCACCGGAUGGACGAGUCAAAGUAAUAGCUGGGAGACCACUUCAUUGUCCGUCACCUUUAACAGGAUAUGAUAUGGAACUCGCCACUUACGCAACGCUUGUAAUGCCACAAAGUGUUGCUUUCGGCGCAGCCGGUGACCUUUACGUCGCGGAAAGUGAUUCUCAGAGGAUUAAUAGAGUGCGGCUUAUUACAACUGAUGGAAAAAUUUCGCUUUAUGCUGGCGCCGAAUCAAAGUGCAAUUGCUUAGAACGAGGCUGUGACUGUUUCGAAGCUGAUCAUUUCUUAGCUUCGAACUCUAAAUUCAAUACUAUUUCAGCAGUCACGGUCAGCCCAGAUGGUAUCGUUCAUAUUGCAGAUCAAGCUAAUUAUAGAAUACGUUCUGUAAUGGCGAGCAUACCAGAUGCUAGUGGUGCCCGAGAAUAUGAAAUUUACGCACCGGAUACGCAAGAAACUUACAUCUUUAACAGAUUUGGCCAACAUGUUAUGACUAAAAACAUCCUAACAGGAGAAAAUAAUUAUGUAUUUACGUAUACUGUUAACACGAGUAAUGGAAAGCUAAGUACUGUCACGGAUGCCGCUGGAAACAAGGUAUUUUUGUUACGUGAUUAUUCAAGCUUGGUAAAUUCGAUUGAAAAUACUAAAGGACAAAAAUGUAGGCUAAAAAUGUCACGUAUGAAGAUGCUUCAGGAAUUACGAACACCCGAUAAUUUCAACGUAACUUUCGAUUAUCAUGGAACUACAGGAUUACUUAAAGCUAAAUAUGAUAGCACAGGCAGGAGUUACAUAUACAAAUACGAUGAAUUUGGCAGACUUACAUCGGCUGUCACUCCUACUGGAAGAAUAAUAAAUCUCACAUUCGAUUUAAGUCUUAAAGGCGCAACCGUUCUUGUAAGUGAAAAUAACAGAAAACCUGUUUCAAUAUUAAUCAAGGGUUCGUCAGUUAAUACUAAAGUUGGGGAGGCUGAAAAGAAAACAAUUAUUUCUACUGAUGGCAGCAUAUCAUCGAGCAUGCCUUGGGGACAUGUCAUAUCUACAGAUACCGUUCCAUACACAAUUCUUUCAGAAAUCGAUCCGAUUUUGGGAGAGAGUUAUCCUGUCCCAGCCAAACAAAGAACCGAAGUUGGUGGAGAUUUGGCUAACAGAUUCGAAUGGCGCUACUUCUUACGCAGAUUACAAUCCAAUAAAGGAAAAAGUAGUAAAGCAGUUGCUCAAAUAGGUCGUAAACUAAGAGUAAAUGGAGAAAAUCUUUUAACACUCGAAUAUGAUAGAGAUACGUCUACUGUUGCAGUAUUUAUGGACGAUAAAGUAGAACUAUUGAAUGUCACUUAUGACAGAAUGGCAAGACCGGUGAAGUGGGGUCCUCGAAGCGGUAUAUUUGCUGAAGUUGAACUAGACUACGACCGAUUCAAUAGACUUACUAGUUGGCGAUGGGGCGACCUAAAUGAGACAUAUGGAUACGACAGAGCUGGAAGAUUGCAUGAAAUUCGUUAUGGAGAUGGAUCUUCCUUAGCAUAUUCGUUUAGAGAUAUGUUCACGAGCUUACCACUGAAAGUCACGACACCGAGAGGUAGUGAUUACCUUCUCGACUACGAUGAUUCUGGUGCUCUUCAAAAUUUGACUACACCCAGAGGUCAUAUUCAUACGUUUGCUCUUAUGACGUCAUUAGGCUAUUUUAAAUAUCAAUACUUCUCGCCAAUGAACAGACAUCCAUACGAAAUACUUUACAAUGAUGAUGGUCACAUAUUAGCAAAAAUAUUCCCUCAUCAGUCUGGAAAAAUUCUUUACGUAUACGAUAGCACCGGUAAAUUAGAAACAAUUCUCGCAGGUGCUUCAGCUAUCAGAUACGUCUAUCAUGAAAAUACUCAUCUUGUUAAGAAUGUAGAAAUUACAGACCCUGAUUAUGAGCUUCGACAGGAUUAUAAAUAUCAUGCUGGUAUUCUUAAAGACGAGAAAAUGAAAUUUAACUCUAAGAGUGGACUCAACAACGCUCACUUUAAAUAUCAAUAUGAUGGCAAUGCAAGACUUUCUACAAUUGAUAUGAACAUCAACAGUAAAGAGAUGCCUCAAUUAAGACUGAAAUAUAACCAAAACUUGGGUAUUCUUGAAGGAGUAAGUGACUUAAGAAUCUAUAGGAAUACUUUUAAUCGAUCUGUUAUGCAAGACACGAGCAAACAAUACUUUACGAUCACUGAUUACGAUGACCACGGCAGAAUCAAAACAGUUCUUAUGAACAUUAAGUCUUUCGACGUAUUCCGCCUGGAACUGGAAUAUGAUGUAAGGAAUAGAAUAAGAUCGAAGAAAAUAAUGAUUGGCGAUACAUCAUCGAACGAACGAGUAAGUUAUAAUUACGACGGCCACCUAAUGGAAGUGGUCGGAUCCGAAGACGACUGGAAAUACGUUUACGAUGAAAACGGUAACAUCAUUGGCAUAAUAGAACAUGGAGAGAAACGUUACCUUGGAUAUGAUAUCGGUGACAGAGUCGUUCAGUACGGAGAUAUUGAAUUUAGCAGCUAUGAUGGCCGAGGGUUUGUAAUAAGACGAGGAGAACAAAAAUACAGAUACAAUUCUCGAGGACAAUUCGUGCAUGCGUUUGAGAGAGAUAAGUUCCAAAUGUGGUACUAUUAUGAUGACAGAAACAGAUUGGUUGCUUGGAAAGACGACAAAGAUAAUAUCACACAGUUCUUCUAUACAAAUCCACAAUCCCCUAAUCUUAUUACACAUAUGCAUUACCCGAAGCUUGAAAAAACAGUACGUCUUUUGUAUGAUCAGAGAGACUUUCUUACUUGUAUUGAAACCGAAGAUCAACGUUUCUACGUAGCCACCGAUCACAAUGGAUCGCCGCUUGUUGUGUUUGAUGUGAACGGCGAAAUUAUCAAAGAAAUAAAACGCAGUCCAUUUGGUAAAAUCGUGAAAGACACCAAUCCUGGAUUCUACGUACCAGUGGACUUCCAAGGUGGUAUAUUAGAUUACAAUACUAAUUUGGUGUAUUUGGAAAAUCGAUUAUAUGAUCCUGUGGUUGGACAAUGGAUGACGCCAAGCUGGGAGCAUCUUGCAACUAAACUAAGCCUGCCUACAGACAUAUUUAUCUACAGGUUUAGAAAUAACGAUCCUAUAAAUCGAGACCAGAACGUUCCGUAUAUGACUAAUUUGGCGAGUUGGCUACGAUUGUACGGAUAUGAUCUGACUAAGAUGAUGGGAGCUAAAUAUAUAACAGAUAUGAUAUUCCAGCCGAAAACAUCAGUUACAGCACCUCAGCUUGCUCCCGAUUUUGGUGUUAUGUCCGGUCUACAGUGUAUCAUUGAAAAGGUAAACGAUAAACUGUCAGAUAUCGAAUUCGUACCAACACCGCUCUUGAAAAUGGAACCAAUUACGAGGAAUUUGCUCCCAAGAGUAUCUUAUAAACGUGGUGUUUUCGGCGAAGGCGUUCUCAUAUCCAGAGUAGAUGGAAAAGCAUUUAUAAGUGUGGCAGAUGGCGCUAACAGCGUCGUCGAGGAUGUAAUAACGACCGUAUUCAACAACUCUUAUUUCCUGGACGUCCAUUUCAGUAUACACGAUCAGGAUGUUUUCUACUUUGUCAAGGAUAAUUCACUGAAAAUCAGGGAUGACAUGGAGGAACUGAGACGAUUGUCCGGCAAAUUCAAUGUAUCGCAAGACGAAACUAACGACCAAGGACUGGAGGUCCGAGUACAUGCGGUGGGCAAGGGUUCGGCGCAAGCGGUUAUUGUGCUGCGUUACGGCGUCGACCCGGCGGCGGAACGCAUCAAGUUGCUGAAGCACGCACACAAGCGGGCGGCGGCGCGAGCGUGGGAGCGCGAGAAGGCGCUGGUGGCGGCGGGCUGGGAGGGCCGCGGCGCGUGGACGGAGGAGGAGAAGGAGGAGCUCAUCUCGCACGGCGUGGUGGACGGCUGGGCGGCGCGCGACGUGCACUCGGUGGCGCGCUUCCCGCAGCUGGCCGACGACCCCGCCAACGUGGCGUUCGUGCGCGACGCGCGCCGCAAGCGCCGACGCAGCGGCCGCGCGCGCCACCGCUCGUGACUCCCCGAGUGAGACCCGCGGGCGACUCUCGUUUCGUUUGCUUCGCUUUAGGCGAUCGAAAUAUUAUUUUUAACGUUCACCCUCCUCGUGGAUCCGAAACGAAUCUCUCGAGAUAACUCACGACAGGGUACCGAGUCAUUGGCGAGCUUAGCGCUCGAUUAAAUUAUUGAAGCAUAAUAUUUUAAAACUGAAAUACUCGAUCUUCAUCACGAUUUAUUAAUCGAUUUUUGUAUUGUUUUACAAUUUUUUAUCCUAUAUUAUACGUAUGUCGCUUAGAUUAAUGUACUUUUUCACGAAAAUCAUGUAUUCCUAACGUAUUUUAGCCAAAUAUUUCUUUCGGUCCCUACAUUUAGAUAUGUGUAAAUAAUAUUUUAUUCUUGUAGUCGGUUCUUUUGUAUUGUAGACCUAAGGUCCUUAUUACUUCGCAAUACUAUACUCUGUAAGCAAUAAUUUUAUAUUUUAUCUAAUCAUCUUUAAUCUAUUGACCCAAGGUUUUAAUUUUACAACAACAAUCAAAACAUUUCAAAAUCCAAUGAUAGAUUAGUGUUUCCAACGUAAUUUAUAACGAUAUUUCAUCUUUUUUACCCUUAGCUUAAAACAUGAAAACUGGAGAGCUUAUUGCACUUCUUAUAUACAUACUUGAUAAUUGUUUCGUUUAAUAAUAAUCUAAGAUUCAUUUGUCACAAUUAAGGUCUCAAUCACACAUCGUUUUAAAUUAAGAAAAAAAAAAAUACUCAAAAAAUAGUAUACUUUAAUUUUGUAAUUGUUAACAAUUUACCUACUGAUAUUUUUUCCUCUAGUUCUACAUUUAUAAGUGACAGUUCUCCAUUUAACCCUAACAAUAAGUCCUUUUAAUAUAAAUAGAUCAAAUAAAUUUUAAAUAAAACGUUGAUACGUAACACUGCGUGUGUUGUGCAAUAAUCGAUCAGUAGUUUUCCAUAACCGUCUAGGGUCAAGACUUCUUGCUGACUUAUCUUAGACUGUCCUCGUCCUAUUUUAUAAUUGGUGUGAUUAUUGUGCGCUCAGAAUACCUGAAAAUUGUAUGUCUGUAUAAAUAAAUGUAUAUCUAUGUAUUAUACAAAAAUAAGUCGAAGGAAUACUCAACUUUAAUAUACGGAUGUUCAAAAUCAUACGUAAUGAAAAACAGUCUUUAAGAUUUUAUUUUAUUUUAUCUAUAUUGAAAGCAAUAAUGAUCUUAAAUCCGUGUGAAAGUUACUAGCCGUAAGUCAGUAAGAAGAAUAUGUAAAGUAAUGUAGAUUAGUUAUAUUGUAUGUCCAUAAAUGUGUCUCAUUUAAAUUGUGGUGUCUAUUCCGUGUUAGAAUUAUUGAUUUAAAUGCUAGUUGACUGAGCGAUUGGUGAUAAGGCGUCGAAGAUAUUUUUUACUAAAUGUUUAUAAAAUAUUAAAAAAAAACGGAAAGGGAAAAAAAAUGAAUCCGCCGACUCCCCGGACCGCUGAGGGCCGACGCAAAGUGAUAUUUUUGCAAAAUGUGACUAAACGAAGCAAUACAUUGUAAUUUAAUACGUCUUAACUUUUAUUUAGUUACUGUAAGGUGUAUUUUAAUUUAUAAUUAAAUGUAAUAAUACAUUAUAUUAUAUAAUAUCUAUUGUGAAUGUAGUUAUUGAUUUCGCGGUGAUAUGUAAUAGAGCGGUAUAGUUAUCUUUUUUAUGAUGUAUAAAGAAUUCUUAUUUGUAAAUAGGUACUUAAACUAUGUAACAUGUAAAAAAUAUUGUACAUAUCUUUACGCUUGAAUUAUUUAUAGAAGGAGUUAAGGUUUCUAGAAUACUGAAGUGAUGUACUAUAUCAGAUAAAUAAUGAACAAAUUGAGGCUGUAGGACAAUUAUCUUAUUAACAGCUGAUCGGUUGAAUUUAAACAAAAAACAAACCCCCAAAUCUUAAUUCUUAUCUAUAAUAUUAUAAAAAUCAGAAUAAUCAUUUAUUUGUCUUAUAUUUGUCUAUAAUAUAUAUAUUUUUUAAUAUAUUUUAUUUAUUAAGUAAAAUCGAUCAGUAAAUACUCUAGCAUACCAUCAACAAACUUACCAUAGACUAAUAAGCUUCUAGACAUUUUAGAGAGCUUCACGAAUGCGAUCAAACUUGCAUUUAAGUAGGAAUAAAACUCCGCUGCAUUUAAUUUGUAUUAUUGUAGAUACGGUGCGUAGACUCCAAUACUCUGUGUAUAGUUACUGAGGCAAGUGUAGCAUGGACCGCGGGAUGUUCAUCAUAGGCUCAGCAAGAGAUAGCUAUUAAUAUAACAUAGUAUAGUAUCUACAGCUCUCUUUCUCUCUUAUUUCUCUAAUAUUGCAUCGCGCGGUCCAUGUUAUGUCCGGUUUACGAUCAUAUAGGUCACGGUGUGCGUGCUAUGGGAGACGAUGUAAGCAUGUACAAUAAUAAAUA